CUGGCAGGCGGAUUCUUAACCACUGCGCCACCAGGGAAGUCCCUUGCGCCCUGUCUUGCAGUGGAGGGCCCCAGGCAUGAUGGGAACUGACUCUAAAGCCCAGGUCCCCACCCUCCCUGCAGCCUGGCCCAGAUCCCACUGGCUCUGCUCUUCUCUUCCCUUACCCAGCCAGCACUCGGGCCUCCCGCAUGCACAGGUGUACCCACCACCUGCCGCCCUGUACAUGUGGGGAGGUGCCCGUGGGAGUCCUUCCACUCCUACUGCCUAGGAACACGGGGGCCAACCUCUGCCUCCACCCUGGGCAUGGGCACCGCUCCGCCCCCCACGUGGGCACUCACCUACCCCUGCCCCCCAGGGGGCAGCACAUGGGACAAAGUCUCUCCAGCUAUCGCUUGAUUCUGUCACCCACCCUGCAUCCUGCCUGUGCUAGAGAAAGCUCCACGAGGACAGAGGAGGGGUGGGGUGUGCCCUCCCCUCUCUUCCCCCACGCUCAGGCCUGCUGGGCUGGAGAUGGAGCUGAGGCUCCGAACUGAAGUGGCCCUUUGUACAUUGUCCCUGGAGGAUGGGCGAGCCUGGCAGGAGGGGCUGGCACUGCUGGGGCUGCCUGGGCAGGACGGCGCUGAUCUCAGCAGGGCUGGGGGGGCUUCCUCUGGAGCAGUGGAGGGAGCCCUGCUAGGUGUGGCUGUGCACUGGCGGGCCUGCUGCCUCAGGCACCCCCAAACCAGAUGAUACUUGCCACCAGGGGUCUAGCAUCACUUCUCAUAUGAGUUCCAUCCUCAUUCAACAGCUGUUUAUGGAGCUCCUGCUCUGGGCCAGGCUUUGUCCUAGGGGGUGGGGAGUAGCAGUGACCGAUGACUGGGGCCCAUGGUGACCCUGCUCUCAUGUUGUUGACAUUCCAAGCGAGCAGGGUGUGGGUGGGGGAGACAGACCACUAACACAUAAACAAGGAGACAGAUAGCUUCAGCGGUGAGGAGUGUCGUGGAGCAGAUGACCUGGGAGGGGACGGCCCCUUUAGCUGGCUGGUCAGGAAGGCCCCUCUGAGCAGGUGGCUGGCAUGUGGAGAUCUGAGGGAAGGGCAUUCCAGGAGGAGGGAACAGCCAGUGCGAGGACCCUGAGACGGGUGAGCCUGGGGUGUGGAAGGGAUGGGAAGGCAGGGACUGUGGCUGGAGUCAAGUGGACAAGGGAGGCGAGGUCAGCAAAGAUGCAGGGACUGGGCCUGUGCGUGCAGAAAGGAGUUUGCAUUUUAUUCUGAGUGUGUUGAGGGGUUUGCGCAGAGGGAUGUGGCCUGAUGGGGAUUCGCAGUGACAGAAUUGGUGGGCUCAGUGCCAGAUGAAAAUUCAGGGCCCCUUGUUCAAAAAUUAAGAAUUUCAAGACAGAAAAUAAAGGGAAGGCGGGGCCGGUGAGGAGGAGUAGAGGCAUUUUGGAGGGAGGUGCCAGCAGGCCUAGCACCGCCCCCAGCCAGGCCAUCCAGGCACGUGGUGAGGCUGUGUGGAGAGCCGGCAUGAACUCAGCCUAGGAGAUCAGAGGACUGGUCUCUGUCAAGGAUGAAGAUGAGACGCUACAAGCUCUUUCUCAUGUUCUGUAUGGCCGGUCUGUGCCUCAUCUCCUUCCUGCACUUCUUUAAGACCCUGUCCUAUGUCACCUUCCCCCGAGAACUGGCCUCCCUCAGCCCUAACCUGGUGUCCAGCUUCUUCUGGAACAAUGCCCCGGUCACGCCCCAGGCCAGCCCCGAGCCGGGCAGCCCCGACCUGCUGCGUACCCCGCUCUAUUCCCACUCGCCCCUGCUCCAGCCGCUGUCGCCAAGCAAGGCCACGGAGGAAAUCCACCGGAUGGACUUCGUGCUGCCCGAGGACACCACCGAGUACUUCCUCCGCACCAAAGCCGGGGGCGUCUGCUUCAAGCCAGGUACCAAGACGCUGGAGAAGCCGCCAUCAGGGCGGCCAGAGGAGAAGGCAGAGGCGGGCGAAGGCGCGUCGGCGCGGGGCCCGGGCCGGCAGCUGCUGAGCGCCCGGGAGCGGCCGGGGGGGCGCGGCGCGCGGCGCAAGUGGGUGGAGUGCGUGUGCCUCCCGGGCUGGCACGGGCCGAGCUGCGGCGUGCCCACCGUGGUGCAGUACUCCAACCUGCCCACCAAGGAGCGCCUGGUGCCCCGCGAGGUGCCGCGGAGGGUCAUCAACGCCAUCAACAUCAACCAUGAGUUCGACCUGCUGGACGUGCGCUUCCACGAGCUGGGCGACGUGGUGGACGCCUUCGUGGUGUGCGAGUCCAACUUCACGGCCUACGGGGAGCCGCGGCCGCUCAAGUUCCGCGAGAUGCUGACCAACGGCACCUUCGAGUACAUCCGGCACAAGGUGCUCUACGUCUUCCUGGACCACUUCCCGCCGGGCGGGCGGCAGGACGGCUGGAUCGCCGACGACUACCUGCGCACCUUCCUGACGCAGGAUGGCGUGUCGCGGCUGCGCAACCUGCGGCCCGAUGACGUCUUCAUCAUCGACGACGCCGACGAGAUCCCCGCUCGCGACGGCGUGCUCUUCCUCAAGCUCUACGACGGCUGGACGGAGCCCUUCGCCUUCCACAUGCGCAAGUCACUGUACGGCUUCUUCUGGAAGCAGCCGGGCACCCUAGAGGUGGUGUCGGGCUGCACGGUGGACAUGCUGCAGACGGUGUACGGGCUGGACGGCAUCCGUCUGCGCCGCCGCCAGUACUACACCAUGCCCAACUUCCGCCAGUACGAGAACCGCACGGGCCACAUCCUGGUGCAGUGGUCACUGGGCAGCCCCCUGCACUUCGCCGGCUGGCACUGUUCCUGGUGCUUCACACCCGAGGGCAUCUACUUCAAGCUGGUGUCCGCCCAGAACGGCGACUUCCCCCGCUGGGGUGACUACGAGGACAAGCGGGACCUCAAUUACAUCCGGAGCUUGAUCCGCACAGGGGGCUGGUUCGACGGCACGCAGCAGGAGUACCCGCCGGCCGACCCCAGCGAACACAUGUAUGCCCCUAAGUACCUGCUCAAGAACUACCACCAGUUCCGCUACCUGCUGGACAACCCCUAUCAGGAGCCCAAGAGCACAGCAGACGGUGGGCGGCGGAGCAAGCGUCCGGAGGGAAGGCCGCCCGCCAGGAGCAAAUUGGACGUGGUUGAAGGCUAAGGCUGCAUGAUCUUAUAGGGCCGGUGGCCAGGGUGGGGGGUGGGCGGCUGCCCCCCUGUUACCUUCCUGUCUCCUUCCGCCGUCUGGGUGGCUCUUAAGAGAACCAGGAGUGGAUAGGUGGGGGAGUCUUUCCUACUCAAGCCCCUGUGAAUCCAGGGUCAGGCCUGUGAGCUCAGAAAACAUCCUUCCUAGUCAGGAGAGGAGAGCAGGCCCUUUCACCCCUCCAAGAGUGCUGCAGCCAGGAGGUGCCAACGGAGAGUGCACGGUGGUUACUGGGGAGCAGGGGAGGGUGGGGAAGGGAGCCUGCAGGAACUCUCUAGGGCAGCCAAGUGGGAGCUAUGGUCCCCUCUGGGGAGAAGCCCACCAUUCGGCCUCCUGGGGCUUUGGACCUGCAGUGGGAAAGGGGGAUGCCGGGAGAUCCCAGGGCUCUGUAAAUAGAUGCAUUUGGGCCCAGGAGGAAGAAGGGACACCAAGGUCGGAGGGGAUGAAAGUGGCAGCUGGAAGGAAGCCCCGAUGGAUGCUUUGUAGUGUCCUCAGGAGUGCUGGGCCAGAGGGAGCAGGGACCUCCACCCCGCUGCCUCACAGGACACACUGCACGGAUGGCCCUGUGCCCCCAGCCCCUCCGGACCUGACACAGAUGUGGGGCCUGGGAAGCCUGGGAAGUCUUCCUUUUGGUUCCAAACCUGGCCUUGACAUUCCUUCUUACUUUUGACAUCGCUGUCUUGUGGGCUGCCCACCCAGUCCUUGCAAGACCAGGAGUCCAGUUCUCAGGGUGGGAUGUGACUGUCAGCCAGCCUAGUAAGUCAGCCCUGGGGGAGGAGCCUCCUCCUCCCCCAUCACCCCUUCCCACUGGAACCCACAGCCCCAGCUCUCCACCAUCUCAGGUGGAGUCACCCAUGUGCCCCUCCUUGGGGCUGGCUAGGGGCCAGGAAGGGGCCAUGAGGUUGCCCUGGGCCCAAGAGGGACAUUAAGGCCAGUUGUAUGGCAUCUCAUUCCUUAGUUGCCUCGUGGGGGAGGGGGUGUAUUGUUAGAGUAGAUUCUAAGCUGCUGUGAUUAAGAGACCCCCAAAUACAGUGGCUUAAAGCAGACAGAAGCUUGUUUCUAACUUAACUCUCCAGAGGGAGGUUGUCUGGAUCUGGUAGGGCAGCUCUGUUUUCCUUCAUCCCACUUUCCAAUUCUGGGUAGAGUGGUUGCUCGAGCUCCCACCAUCACAUGUGCAUCCGUGUCUGAGGGAACCAGAAAAAGGCAUGGAAGGGCACACCCUUCCUGUUAAGAGCAUGAGCCAGAGGUGGCACAGUCACUUCCGAUGGCAUCUCACUGGCCAGGACUUAGUCACAUGGCCACAAGUAGCUGCAAGGGAAGCGGGAAAAGUAGUCUUCAGCUGGGCUGCCCUGUUCAUUUAUUAAAGGAAGGAGGAGGAGAGGAUGGAUAUGGGUACAGGAGCAUCUCUGGCACAAGGGGAGGAGGGGAGAGGGUAGAAAUGACUGUUGUAGUUGUAGAUCCUGCUCGCAUGUACAGAGCUCCUGAAACCUGCCCCUGCCCCCCUCACUGCCAGCCCAGGGCCAGGGUGCAGUGAGAGCCUGCCGCUGUGGGCUGGGAGAGACGCCUCCUCCCCGAGGCCCCCUCAGAUGUUUACCCAGUGAUGCCGGGUCGCAGAGCCUGCCUGUGGAACUGUACGUGUUUGUGCGUGUGCGUGUGUGUGUGUGUGUGUGUGUGUGUGUGUAUUUAUGGGCAUGGGUGCAUGCUUGCUGUAUACUUGUACGUGACUGUGUUGGUGCGCCCCUGUACAUAUAUGCUUGUGUGUGGAUGUGGAAGCAGGGCCCAGGCCACCCUUCCCGAGACCUGGAGCCUGGGGCCACACCUCCUGCAACUUCCCAAAAUAACUGAGGCAGAAAGCAAGCUGGGGAGCCCGGAAAGCCAGGCUAAAGGGGAUGUUGGGUCCGUCUGUCUGUCUGUCUGUCUUUCAGUCCAAGGAAUGAGAAUCCUCCCGACCAGAGUGCUGUAGGGCUGAGAGCCCACCACAACCCCCCGGCCCCUUCCCUCCAUCCCAGCCCCUCCAGCCUCCAGCCGGGAUUUUCUUGGGGUGUCUUAUUGGGGGUUUCCUGAUGGGUCGGGAGAGGAGGGCAUCUCCUUUGCCAUAGCUCUGCCUGGGGAGGCGCCCACCGUGGGUGUGGCUCGGGGAGCUGGCCGCAGAGCAGCCUCGGGCGGGUGGGUGUGAAGCAGGUAUGGGGGUCUCUGUUGCCCCCACUGUCCCUCCCAUUGAGGGGGUGUCCCGAGGGAACCCUUCCCUUGGAGGUAGAGCAGCCCCCUUCUCUCUGGCCCCUCUUGCAGCUAAGGGGCUCAAGAGGUCAGGGUGUCCCUGUGGCUCUGGGUCACCCAGGCCAGGGUGACCUGGCCUCACCUCCAGCCACCUCUGCUCCCCGCCGGGCGGGCAGUCCCUAGGGGCUUCUGACUCGUGCCUGAGCCCCAGCCCAGGGCCCCCCUCCCUGACAGCUUCCUCGCCCUACGCCCCUGGCACACUCUACUGCUGAAGGGAUGCCCCUGUCCGGGCUGUCAGGGGUCCCUGGCCUCCAGUUCACCAGCUCAGGGGCAGGGGAAGGCAGAGGGGAGGAGCUCAGACCUGCCAGGCCCCACCUUCCCUCUCAGACACAGGAGGGCCGGGCGCAUUCACGGCCACCGCCAAGUGGAGGCCUGGCCACGGAGCGGAGCGCACGGCUUCCAGCAGGCUGUGGGGGCCAAGGCGUGGGGUUGAAGAGUUUCACUUAUAGGCAUGUCAGACACUGGGAAUUUCGGGGGCAGGGGAGCCCUGGGCCACUCCCCCAGUAUGAAGGGAAACCAAACUGUGAAUGUGAGCGCCAGUGCACUGCUGGCCCUGGCGCCAUAGCCAGCUUGCUUUCUCUGGGAACCACCCGCCCUAUGGCCUCCAGACUCAAGGAGGCCCAGCACACCUCGGAUCAUGUUGGUUCCCAUGGGCAGGCGUGGAAGAGUUUUGGGGACAAAGGUGACAGGGUGGGGAGGCAGGACUUGCCCAAGCAGCGGGCAGGGUCCUGGGAAAUGUGUAAUUUAAGGACACCAAUAAUAAUAAUAGUAUUAUUUUUUUUGUAAGGGAAAAUCAAUAUGUACAUUCUGAAAUCAUUUUCUCUGUAAAUGGUUGGAUUUCAUUUCACCCUUAAAGGGAUGCUUAAAGGAGAAGAUAAUAUUAAUAAUAAAAACAGCUACAAAGUCUGCAGUGUGUGCUUGAGUGGCCAGUUUGGGGGUGCUCUGGGGCAGGGAGGGGUGCGAGUGGGUAGCUCUGGUCUUGCUGGGUCGGU